AUGCCUUUCAAGGAAGAUUGUAUUGAAUGUUUUGGGCAUACGGAUUUUUACAAGAUAUUUGGAAUUGAGAAAACUUCGACAGACGUCGAGAGUAAGUAUCUUACAAGCUUAUUACAAUAUUUUGAUUAUUUAGUCAAGAAGGCAUACCGUAAACUCGCCUUCUUAUGGCACCCUGACCGUUUCACUGCGAAGGACCCCUCUACUGCCAAGAAGAGUAUGGUUUUCUAAUGAGAUUUACCUAUGAUUUCGAGUUUAUACGUAAUUAUAUUUUCAGCAGGUGAAGGAGAAAUUUUGUCAGAUGAGCAUAUCAAAACGGUUACUAAGAAGUUCCAGGUGAUCAGCCGUGUUUAUCAAAUCUUAAGUACUAAAGACUCUAGAGACGAAUAUGACACAUCCGGUAAAUAAUGAUAUUGUUUUAGAUUGUCUGGUUUCUUUUUAGGUACAUUUGGCGAGGACGACGCUGGUGAUAUGGAUUGGAAGGAAUAUUGGAGAAAUAUGUUCCCUGAGAUCACUGAAGACCAGAUUAAUUCGUAUAUGAAUGAAUAUUUGGGUAAGAUUACUGACAAGAUUGCAAUUUUUAAAUUUAGGAUCAGCACAAGAGAUCACAGAUGUAAAAAAUGCAUAUGAAACAUGCAAGGGUGAUUUUAAUAAGAUGUAUGAAUACAUUAUUGGAUUGAACCCUGAUACUGAGGAAAGAAUAAAACAGAUUGUAUGGCAUUUGAUCUCAAAGGAAGAAGUUAAAGUGUUCCCAAAGUUCUUGAAAGAUGAUGGAGCUGCUAUUGAAAAAAGGCGCAGGAAAUUUGAGAGGGAAGCUGCGGAAGCAGAAAAGAUUGUGGAGAAAAGAAGGCAAAAACGUAAGUUUAUUAACCUUAUCUAUGUUGGUUUUUAGCUAAUGCCGAUGAAGAUCUUGUCAACGCCAUACUGAAGAAUAACAAGAAGAGGGAAGCAGCCAUGGAUGAAUUUAUGAAGAAGUAUAUCGAACCGAAGAAGAAAAGCCGUCGAAACGGUAGAGCUCCAGAGUGA